UUCCCUCUCUAUUUAUUUUCCUUUUCUCUUGGCUUGUCAAUCCCACCUUACUACAUCUAAACAACGACGGUUUAUUUUCAAUAACGUCGAAUUCGUCACGACUUCUGGUGUUGUAUACAUUCACACAAUAUCUUAUUUCGUUUUGUGAUACGCAAAUAAACAUCAACAACUUGGGGGAUUAGAUCACUUCCGGAAACAGAUCGGACAUUGUCGCAUUCGUCUGCAGAUGCUGUGUGCAGGAUGGCCGAGUAAACAGAGAAUAUGUCGGGGAUGACGAACAGUCAUAUACUACACAUCCAAGUGUUAGAGUGUUUGCCUUAUUAAAUAGUCUGGUAAAUUUGUCUGAUAAAGGUAUCCCUCAUAAUCUGCAUUUUUCUGACAAUGUUUUCACUUCUUGCCAACUAGGGCAAUGUCUGAUAGGUCGACUGUGUGUCAGUCACGGAUAUGCUGACUUAUGAUGACCGUUAGGAGGCUGUGUUUGAUGUGGAUUGUAACUUUAAUCAAUGAUAUGACGUCAGUAGUGCAUGUACCUAGCUGCCAAAGCUAUGCAGCUGGCAUGUAAAUUGUGUAAGAAGAAAACUUAAAAAAACAUCAAGGAUAAAAAAUUGGAGGCCAUGUACCAUUGACGCUGAAUGCUGCAGAGAGAUGGUAUUGUAAAAACUUGUGGAAUUUGAUAUUUCUCUGAAACGGAAAUGGCAGACAGUGACGGAAGGCCAGAAAUUGUUGAUGAAUCUUUCGAAUUCAUCGAUUAUCCAGAGGAUGACGUGGCUGGACGUCAAGGGAGAAGAGGUCAAGGGUCAGAGCAGCAGUCACAUGGUUCAGAAUAUGGAUGGUUAAAUGAUGGAGAAUCAUCACGCGGACCACCAGUUACUGAGGAGAUGUUUCAGCAAAUGUUCGAUGAGGACGGUCGUAUCGUAGAUGAACACUCCUUACGUAAAGCGGUCUUCAUGGGCGGAGUUGAUGUGUCAAUCAGAAGAGAGGUGUGGCAGUUUGUGUUUGGACUCUACCCUUGUACAUCCACCUCCAGGGAAAGGGAGGAGAUUCUUUUGGAUUACAUUAUGAAGUACCAUGAACAGAAGGCUCGUUGGAAAACCAUGCUGGUAUUGGACUCUAAGCCUGGAGCCACGGCCCUGGAGCAGGGACUGAUUGGCCGAUACCAGGUCGAGGAUCCUAACAACCAGCUACAAAGUCCGACCACUCCCCCUCGAGGUGUCAUGUCACCAAUGGAACUUCACUUUAAAAAUGAGAAUGCAGCUCGUGUGUCAGUAGACCAACCGGACUUCAGUAUUCUGUCCAAGAAUUUUACAGAUAUUGAUGUAACCACCCCGGAAAUGCAACAGAAGAUAGACUUCAUGAAAAUACAAUCCCAGGUGUUUGUAAACAGACAGAAGGUCGAUGUGAAAAAUCUGUGGACGCAUAUACGAGUGAUUGACAAAGAUGUCCCUCGCACAGACCGGGAUCAGGAAUAUUUCAGUGGAGCACGGAACCCCCACCUAACGGUGUUACGUGACAUACUUGUGACCUUUGUAGCAUUUCAUCCCGGUAUUGGUUACGCCCAGGGAAUGAAUGACAUACUGGCCCGCUUCCUUGUUGUGUUUGACUCGGAGGUGGAGGCCUACUGGUGUUUCCGUAACUACCUGGACCGCAUACAGGAGGAAUUCACAGAAGAAGGCAUGAUGAAAAAAAUAGAUCUGGUGGCGAUGUUACUGAGGGAGAUGGACCCAGAACUGUUAGACCAUCUUAACAAAAAUGACCUCGGAGAUCUCAUGUUCUGUCACAGGUGGCUUUUACUUGGGUUCAAGAGAGAGUUCAGUUUUACAGACUCACUGCGCUGUUUUGAAAUCUUAAGUAGUCAUCAUCUCGAACUCUUCUCUAUGGAAGCCGAAAAUGCUCGACGCAAGGAAGUCAUGAAAGAGUUUGAAAAUUUUGCGUACAUAUUUCCAGGAGGAGGGACACGGUCCGAACAGUUGACGGUCAGCUUGGACUACACGUUUGAACUUUUUAUGUGUCUGGCUCUGCUGAUGGAUUGUAAAACAGACCUACUUAACUGUGUGGACUCUGCCAUGGUGUUCUGUACUAUCAACAGUUUAAAGAUCGAUUUGGAGGAAACAUUGACAAAAGCAGCAAAACUAUUCUACAGGUACUGUAAAAAGACUGUCGAGGAAAGUUUUCUGAUGGUUGACCCUCCGAAAACCUCCGUGGCGAAGAGGUGACAAGGGAGAUCACUCCUGUUUGAACGAUGAUUGUGAUUGAUGGAAUAUAUUCAGGAAUCAUACCCAAGAAUUUCCAGUCGUCUGAAGAAAUCAGCUCCAGGAGGACACCAUGCUAGCACUAUGAAUAGGGACUUUGAAAGUUUCAUGUUUGUUGAAGAGGUUGACAAAUUUAAAUUGAAUGACUAUGAAAGUUUUUAUACCAUUUAGGUGAAGAAGUUACAAAGCAAACAUCAUUAAUUUUUUGCGAGUGAAGAGCUUAGUUAUAUGAAGCAUUACUUAGAUUUUCUGCAAGUGAAGAGCUGAAUUACCAUACAAAAGUUAUUGAUUAUUUGCGAUUCAAGAGCUAAGUUACGAAGCAAAAGUCUUAUCACAGACGAAGACAUAUAAGAUACAAAUCCAAUGUGUUUGGUUUUUUUGGAAAUGAAGAGCCAAGUUACAAACCGAAAAUGUUUCAUUUUUUGUGAGUGAAGAGGUUACAAAGUAAACGACUUUCAAAUUUGUUUUCAUUUACUUACGAAAAUAUUAGCAAAGGGAAAUAAUUCAAAAAUUUUGUACUUGUUGACAAAAGGUUUAAUAGAGAAGUGAAUGGGAGUUGUCUGGUUUUCCCCUACAUGGCUUGUAUGGCUAGUAUCACCACUGACAUUAAAUGUGUUUUGCCCGUGGAAGAAAUGGUUAGCGAAGGGACGGCCGUUAAGUCUUGUGCGUGUGGAAAAAACAACUCUUGCCAAGGAAUUUUUCUAGUCUUUCCAUGUUAACAUCCAUGGUUGUUAAUAAAUUUGAUUAAGAAUUUGUGGCAAAGAUCAUAAAACAUUAAUUAUGGAAUCAGUGAUAAUUUUAGUGACAUAUCCCCAUUAAAGAUGUACUGUUAAUAGGUUGUACUUAAACCUUUGAUAUAUAUGUACAUUUGUUUGUACAUGUACAUGUACAAUGUAAGUCUUGUGUAUGCAAUCAUGGAAUAUAUAUACAGGCGACAACUUAGCUGUAAUUUUUCGGUAGAUGAAAAUAUAAAUAUGAUGAAAAUCAUGAAAUUUUAUCGUGAUUUAUCAUGAUUUCAAUGAUUGCAUGUUUUUGUUAGUUGGACAACACACCAGUAAGCUUAAGGGGGGGGGGGGGGGAGUCUGUGUUGGAUCAGAGACAAUGGAACACAGUGUGUCAGAUCCAAAACACUGGAACAGACUGUGUGACACUGAAUCUGUGCUGGUUCGGAAACACUGUAACACUGAAUCUGUGCUGGUUCAGAAACUCUGAAACACUGAAUCUGUGCUGGUUUGGAAACACUGUAACAUACUGUGCCGGAUUGGGACACUGAAACACUCGGUGUUGGACCAGAAAACAGUAACACUGCCGGAAACAGUGAUUUCUCAGGGCUUCUGGACAAGAAUUUUAAAACCUUUGAUCAAAUAAAAAUGGUCAUUAGGCUGAUAAACAAUUAACAGUACUGUAUCUGUCUAGAUCAGUUAGCAAUGUAUGUGUUAAUUAAAACUGUUAAUUAUAUACAUGUACUUGUGUUUGAACAAUAUUCUAGAUUAGGAUUGAUUAUCUGGUUGACAACAAGUAAAUUGGAUGUCAAAUCCUUAAUCAGUUACCGUAUUUGUUAGUAAUAAGGACCCAGAGCGAUUAGAAAAAAUAUUCUCAAAAAGGAGAGA